CCCACACCAGAUCGAUCGAUAGAUCGAAAGAUCACUACCAUCACCAGCAGCGAUCCCUCCGCUUCAGGAGGGUCACAAGCGAAUGAAUUUGUCACACCGAAUUCGGUAGCAGCAACCCCCAAUUGCAGUGACGGCGAUGCCCGCCAGUGGUCUCGUGGAACCGGCAUCUGGGGCAGCAGCCGGGUCCAAUUCCCUCCUCCACUGGGAUCAUCUGCAUGAGCGACGACGACGACGUCCCACGGGGAGACGUGAUCCGAUCGAGGUUGCCGCGUCCAGAUUCUUCAAUGCGCCGCAGCAUCUUUUUUCUUUCCGGCAUCUUGUCUGAAGAAGAAGAGGAAGAGGAGAGACUUAGGAGACGAAGGGAGUGGGGCGAAUUGGGUCUCUCCAGUCGGAGUUGGGAGCUGAGCGGGUGUGUGUGUGUGCCUGUGAAGGGUGAGGUGCAUCAUGUCGUGGAGCUCGGGCUUUUGAAGGUCAUGAAUUCGAAUUAGACGCUUGAGAAGCACUGGAUACAUCGUGCAGCAUCUUGACAUUCUAUCAUACACGACUUGAAGUUUUCUCUGAAAAGGGCACUGAAUUUCAAUUGAGAUUCCUUAGCUGGAGCUGGAAACUGAUGAAGCUACUAUGCUUCUUUUCUUCUUCGAGGUUGGGGCGAUGCAGCGUAUUCUACCACUCGCUUAUCAGUGGAAACAUACAAUACGUGCUCUAGCAUUUUUAUUUCCCAUGCAGAAGAAAUCUAUUGACAGAAUAACUAAAAGUACCGGCUGGUGAUUCCUUACCAUUUUUACGAAUCGAGCGUCUUCACGGAGUUAUUCAAGGACGAAAAUAUUAUCAAACGGGAAAUAAUUUUGCGUUUCCCAAAGCCAGACACUAUGGGAGGAUGCUGCCAAAAGCAGGUUCGUGAGCAUGUGGAGACUUCGAAACAGUCUGCUGUGGUGCCGUCUUGGGCAUCAUCGCCAGCAUACGAAGACGAAGGUACAAGAAAAGUAAAAUUGGUCGGAGACGUCACUUGUCCAUACACACAACGCGUGCGCAUCGCACUUCUGGAGAAGGGCGUACCAGUGGAAGCCUCCUUGGUGAUGCCAGAUGAUCUUAGAGGUUGCAAGGGAGAGGAUUUGGGCACUAUUAGUCCAGAUGGAAAGUUCCCAGUUUUUCAGCAUGGAGAUCGCAAAAUUACAGGCUCCGUUGACUCAAUUUUGGCUUAUGUCGAAGAAAACUUUGAGAAUUCCCUACUUCCAAACGGGCUAGAGAAAGAAGUAGCACAGUGGGUUUCUUACAUUCGAGAUCACUUCAGUAAUGUUAUUGAGGAUGCAUUACACAACGGGGAUCCAUAUGCACAGGACUCCUUAGAGGCAAGGUUGAAUGAAUCAUUGGCACAUUUAGAUAGUGGGCUAGAGUUACAUCACAAAGAGGGCAAACAUUUUCUGGGCUCUAAGUUCACACUUGUGGAUGUCUACCUCAUACCCUUUCUCUCUUUGAUGGAUCUUAUUACAUACAUCCGAGGCUUUGCGAUAAAUCCUUCUUACUCGAGAUUGUGUGCAUACAAGUCUGCCAUGUGCACUUUUAAAUGCUAUAAGCCUGUGCAAGUGGGAACCGAGCUGUCGAAAACAAUCUUGGUUAAAUCCUCAAUAGAGAAACCUUCUCAACCGAUGGUCUGCAUGACUCUUUUGCAACAUAAGAGUAUACUCCGGCAUUUGGAUGCCUUUGUCAAGCUUGUGAAGGAACUUGAUAGUAUUAACAGGAAAACCUCACUGGAUUCCGUGCAAAGGACCAUCUUCGGAACGCGAUUGAAGGAGGUUCCCAAAUUGUAUGGACGUCUGCUGGAGCUCCUGCAAGAGCAUGCCCAGAUGGAGGAAAGAAUUAUAUUCCCAGCGCUCGAAACGGCUGACCAAGCGCUCACUGAAUCUGCAAUAAAAGAUCAUGCCCGAGACUUGCCUGUGAUGAAUGGAAUUCGGGAGGAUAUCAAAGGUAUUAUGAGCUUGAGACAGGGCAACUUCGACCAUCGGGAAGCACUGUCUGCCCUUGCUCGUCGUGUGGAAGCCUUUGAGGUCCAUGCGAAGGAACACUUCCAGGGAGAAGAAAAGGAGCAACUUCCACUUCUAGAGGCGGCUGGAUUCGCGACCAACAAGCAGCAGGCGAUGUUAGGGCAGUCUUUCCUGGUUAUGGAGGUCUCCCACUCCAGAUUGUUACCCUACUUACUUGAAGCGCUGAAGCCCCAUGAAGUUCAUCAAUACUUGGGUAUCAUGAAGUCUUCAACCUCAGAUACAGAAAAUUGUUGUACACUACCAAAAAUUGCGCAGGCUUUGAAUAACGAUGAGUUUGAAUACGUCCGGAAGGUGGCUCUAGACAGAAUUCCAUCGCUUGGUCCGCUGCAGCACACGAAGCUCCAAUAUCGACCCAGUAUGGCCCGAGGGUGAUCUGGCUGUGCCUUCAGUUUGGAUGUGUGAAAUUUUUGACCUGCACUAAACCUCAGAGCUUGAUAUCACUUUAGGUCACGAAGCCGUCCUUUACAUUGCUCUAAGCUUCGUCCUUUACAUUGCUCUUUAGGUACAGCAGAAAUGGGUACUUCGUAGCCCUGUCUAGGAAGUUGCGUUGACUUGACCAAUGUGGCCAAUAUCCAACCCUCCAUGUAUUUUAAUUGGGAAGAGUCAAAUAUAGUGGUCUCAUGUACAUUCUGAGCAGGAUACUAGCAGCUGGGUCAUUGCUUCAGUGUUAAGCCAAAUUAAGGAUGGUUUGAAGAUACUCUGAGGGCCCGACUUGUUUGAUUGAAGACAUGACAAAAAAGGUGCAGGAGCCUUACAGCACGCGAUCCUUACGGUUGUACAAUAUGUUGGGUUUCUUGACUAAGCAACUCCCUCUGAAGAAGGAAACAAAGCAGAUGGAAGUGGGAGUUUGUUUGUUCUAAUUAACGAGCUUGAAGAGGUUUGUGAAUAUGUUGAAUGGAUCUAGCAAUUUUAGGAUGUGCCUUUACGACUGCUAGAGUUUUGCAGAGUAACCCUCUGGCAGGGUCCAUAGAGGAAAUAAAUCUGAUACAUACUGCCUAGAAGGCUACGUUGUUAGCACGUUGUUCGAGUAACCCAGAUGCUUGUGUUAGCUGCUUCAUUUUUACUGGUUUCGACAUUUUAAUUUGUAAAUUCCUGUCAGUGAUGAAUGCAAGGAUCUACGUGCAUUUGCAGCA